AUGGACCACCCCUGCCCCGCGCUGCAGCCACACGAACCACCCACGUCGAUCGCUCCUGCGGUUUGCGAGCAGUCAGGAAACGAAGCAGAUAUCAAAACUCCAUUAGGAGUUGCAGGAAGGUACCUGCCGAGUACGGAGAAGAGAGAAACAAAAAAGGCUCGUGCUGCUCAACAGUUAGGGUUGGAAACUAAAAGUGGCAACAUCAACGUUUAUGGGUUAGGAGGCUCACCUGCUUCAAUCAGUGGCGUGGUGGAGUGCGAUAUUGGUACCAACCAUGACAUAAAAUUUCGUCUCGAAAUGUUCGUUAUAUCGAGCAUUUGCGAAGAUCAACCGAUAGCAAGGCUAAAUACGACGGGAUGGGAUGGUGUCAAGACAUUACCGUUAGCAGAUCCUGGUUUUGACAUUCCUGGUCCGAUCGACGUCUUAUUAGGUGCCGACGUCUUUGUCGAGUCGCUCCUUGAGCAACGACUGAAAGGCGGUGCCUCUCAACCGCGUGCUUUCAACUCAGUUUUCGGCUGGCUUCUACUUGGGAAGUCCAGACUUGCAUCGUCUAGUCUACUUGGAGUAGCACCUCCUAUUGUAGACAAUAGUUUAAACACAAUCGUUCAACGUUUCUGGGAAAUCGAUAACGUUCCACAUUCUUCCCGAUUAACCCCAGAAGAUCAACUCUGUGAAAACAGUUUUCUUAACAAUCACUACCGUGACGAGACAGGAAGGUAUGUCGUGUGCCUCCCCUUCAGGGACAAUGACGAGCCCGUCUUUGAAGGCUCUCGAGUGAUAGCCUUACGACGCUUUCAUGCCAUUGAAAGGCGUCUCUCUCGUGACCAUAACUUGAAACAACAAUAUGUUGAAUUCAUGACCGACUAUAUCGAAAGGGGCCAUAUGACUCUAGUGCCUACCAAGCAAAUGGGUCUAGGUAAAUACUAUAUACCGCAUCAUUGUGUGCUGCGUCCUGACAGCGCUACAACAAAGCUUCGUGUCGUAUUCGACGCCUCGGCUAAGGAUUCUAAUUCCAAAUCGUUAAACGACAUGUUGCUGACCGGAUCAAAACUGCAAUCGAAUAUCGUGGAGAUUCUUCUUCAUUUUCGUGAACACGAAGUUGUCUUCAUGGCAGAUGUGCGCCAAAUGUACCGUCAAAUCAACAUAGCGCCUCAUCAUCGUGAUUACCAACGUAUUCUCUGGCGAGCUCACGCAGAUGAGCCUCUUCAAGAGUAUAUGUUAAAUACCGUAACGUAUGGAGUAUCUUCCGCUCCAUUUCUCGCGUGCCGUUCCAUUCGGCAACUGGCCAACGAUGAAGGUCACAAGUAUCCAAAAGCAAAAAACAUUUUAACUUCCGAUAUAUAUAUUGAUGACGUCAUAUCCGGAAGUUCAACGCUAACGGAGGCCCGUGAAACCAAAAGGCAACUUAUCGCCCUUUUUGGUCUUGGUUCGUUUGAACUCCGAAAAUGGAUAAGUAAUCGACCUGAGCUUCUUAGCGAUUUGCCCGCAGAAGCGUGUCUUUCAGAAGCUUUCACUUUUACCGAAACUGAAGAUACCACGGUCAAGGUUCUGGGCCUUAAGUGGGAGCCUGCUUCAGAUUCAUUCGUUUUUAACGUGAAUUCAUCAUUUCUACCGUGUACCAAGCGAACGAUUCUUAGUAAGGUCGCCAGAAUUUUUGAUCCUCUCGGGUUCUUGUCCCCUUUGACAAUUAAGGUCAAAUGUUUACUUCAAAGGCUCUGGGUUCUUGGCCUUUCGUGGGAUGAAACGCCCUCACCGGAAAUCAUAGCCCAAUGGGAUGACUUCUCUUACCAACUUCCACAAGUUAGGGCUCUUAAGGUUCCACGUAAGUACGCUAUCGACGGCGCUCAAUCUUAUGAAAUACACGGAUUUUGUGACAGUUCAGAAGUAGCAUAUGGCGCUGUCAUAUAUCUGCGUGUUAUCGAGUCUGACGGCUCCAUUCGCGUUUUUCUCAUUUGUGCAAAGGCUCGUGUAGCUCCUCUAAAACGCCAAUCGAUACCUCGCUUGGAGCUUUGCGGCGCGAUGCUGCUCGCAGACCUUGUCAAAUUUGUCAAGGACUCGCUACGAAUUCCUAUCCACGACAUUUAUUUGUGGUGUGAUUCAACCGUUACCUUGGCCUGGUUGCGUGCUCCUUCUUCUCGCUGGCCAAUAGGAACGCGCGGUUCGCCGCCGCGCAUGCGCAAUGCUGCCGGCGCAACAAAACGCCAUAGCGGCGGCAAGGGGAGAUUCUUCUUCGUUACCGGCUCUUAG